CAUUGACCAAUAUUAAUUCUGUCGCAACCUCUGAAACAGUCAUUUCACAUCAUCGCAGAAGGAGGAAAAGAUGGAGAGAGAGCCACAGAAGGUUCGGGAGGGUUAUCUUGUGAAGAAGGCCAUGUUUAACAACUGGAAGCCUAUGUGGGUGACACUGCUGGAGGAUGGAAUAGAAUUCUACAAGAAGAAAAGUGACAACAGCCCAAAGGGGAUGAUACCAAUUAAAGGAGUGGUUAUCACAAAUCACUGUCAGGAUUUUGGAAAAAGAACAUUUGUGUUUAAGCUCACGACUGCUAAACAGCAGGAUCACUAUUUCCAAGCGUCUCACCAAGAAGAGCGUGAUGCAUGGGUUAAGGACCUUAAAAGAGCCGCAAAAUGCAUUGCAGAUGGUCAAAGGUUUGCAAGAAAAUCAACCAGAAAAUCAAUCAGAUUACCUGACACAAUAAAUUUAGGUGAGUUGCAUAUCGCAAUGAAAGAUGCCAACCAAGGAAUUAAAGAAAUUAAGUUGGAGAAGGACAAAAAAGUGUUCAACCACUGUUUUACAGGUACUUGUGUCAUCGAUUGGUUAGAAGCUAGUAAAUCGGUCAGAAAUCGCCAAGAGGGACUUGUCUUGGCCUCUGCUUUACUAAAUGAAGGUCAUCUUCAGCCUGCAGGAGAUGUGUCGAAAAGCGCUGCCGAAGGUUUGGCAGAAACAACGUUUCUUGACAGCACUGAGGCCUUAUAUUACUUCCCAGACAGUGGAUUUUUUUGUGAAGACAACUCUAGUGAUGAUGAUGCAAUUGUCAAAGAGCAGUUUCGAGGAAUAAUUGUGAAGCAAGGCUGUUUACGGAAGCAGGGGCACAGAAGGAAAAACUGGAAAGUAAGAAAAUUUGUCCUUAGAGAAGACCCCGCCUACCUGCACUACUAUGAUCACGCCUCAGGAGAUGAAGAUCCACUGGGAUCUAUACAUCUGCGAGGCUGUGUUGUGACUGCUGUAGAAGAAGCGAAGAAAUUAGACGUUGAAGGAAAUCUUUUUGAAAUCAUCACGGCAUCUGAAGUGCAUUACUUCCUGCAGGCUGCAUCAGCAGAGGAGCGAAAAGAGUGGAUUAAAGCUAUUCAGACUGUCUCUAAAAUUGGAAAAUAGGAACCCAGAACAAUUUUGUUUAUUGAACCACUGGAAUAAACAUUGAGGGCAGCAGAGGAAGGAAUAAUACAUGAAUUAGAAAUGUUAUAGAAGUAUUUAUAUGGUCACUAACCUUUCAACAUAUUUAUCAGGAUAGGUUGUCAUGUAUGUACAUGUGUAGUAGCACUAUUUCUGGAAGGUAAAUAACUAGUUUAUGGCAUAUUUCCCUAGUUCCCCCCUUCCCCUUUCUGUCUUUAACUUUCAGGUGUCCCUGAGCUAGUGGGUAGAGACUAGAUACCUAUGAUGACUGGAAACUGCACACACACAAAAGAGGACAUCCUGCUUCCUUAUAUCUUCAUAGCACAGCCAGAGCAGCAGCAGCAUAGAGGACAUAAUGAAGCUGUUCCGAGCAGUGUAAACUAUAAAUCAAGCCCUGAAGUGAAAUCUAACACUUAAGAAAUUUCAGCAGCCUCUCGGUAUGUCUUUCUCUGCCUUUGUCUCACUUUGCAGUUAGCUCCUCCUCCAUUUUGUGGUGAUAGGCUAGUUACCAUUUAAAGGGGUUCUCCGGUGCCCCUCAAUGCAAGCCGACGGGAGGGGGCAUGAUAGCUAUCACGCCCCCUCCCAUCGGCUUGCAUUGAGGGGCGGAGCGUGACGUCACAUGGGGGCGGAGGCGUGACGUCACACGCCGCCGGCCCUGUAGUCGCCCGUAAUCAGACCCGGAGACAACACGCUCCGGGGACUGAUUACAAACGGGGUGCCGCGUGGAUGAUCGCGGGCGUCCCCAUCUGCGGGACUCCCGCGAUCAGGCAUCUUAUCCCCUAUCCUUUGGAUAGGGGAUAAGAUGUGUAAGCACCGGAGAACCCCUUUAAAGCUAUAUGUAAAGUGCUGUACAAGCCAUCUACUACACAGUUUUGGGUUAUUUUGAAGGAUAACACCAUAUUGAAUUAUUUUUGAAUGCUGUUCAUGUAAUUUACAGUUAUUAUUACGAAGACACUGCUAGCAAGAAAAAUAGCAACUAAUAAAGACAUACA